GUGAGUCAGAAGGGAGGGAAGGAAAGAGGAGAGGUGAUGUCAGUGCAGCUGAGUUCAGAGAGUAAACAGAACUUGAGGCCAUAGCAUGUGUUUAUCUGCACUGCUUCACGCGUGCAGCCAGCAGGCAUGCGGCAUUCUCUCCUUGAGCUUCAGCUCUCGGCCCUGCAUCACCCUCCUCAUCUUCCUCCUCCUGCUUGCUCAGGGGACAGCCUGGCCGUAUGAUUACAGGUUCCUGCAUAACUACUGUCCGGGGCCAGAGUGGAGCGUGAUGUGCAGGGGAUGUUGUGAAUAUGACGUCAUCCACUGUAAAUGUCCUCUUCAAGGGACCCCUGUGGGUUAUGCAGUGCCAUGCUGUCGUAAUGUCGCAAAUGAAUGUGAUCCCUGCAUUAUACACCCCGGCUGCAGCAUAUUUGAGAACUGCAAACGCUGUAACAAUGGCACCUGGGGCCCAAGGGAUGAUUUUUUUCUGAAAGGGCGUUACUGUGCAGAGUGUCGGCCUGGCUGGUCUGGUGGGGAUUGUUUAACGUGUGGAGGGGUGAUUCAUAGGAGGCAGGGUCACCUAGUGCUGGAAAGUUACCCAACCAAUGCCCGCUGUGAAUGGACACUAAAAGUGGACCAGACUUUUACCAUUGAUCUAAGGUUCAUGAUGCUCAGCUUGGAGUUUGAUUACAGCUGUCAGUAUGACUACGUGGAAGUGAGGGACGGAGACAGCUUGAACUCACGCAUAAUUGGUCGUUACUGUGGAAAUGAGCUGCCUCCUCCAAUUAGAAGCACUGGCAAUUCUCUCCACAUUCUUUUUGUCUCUGAUGGUUACAAGAAUUUUGAUGGGUUUUUCGCCAUCUUCCAGGAGAGUUCAGCAUGCGUAUCCUCUCCAUGUUUUCAUGAUGGUACCUGCAUCGCAGAGUCUUCUCACUCUUUCCAUUGUGCCUGUCUGGCUGGAUAUACUGGCAAGAGAUGUGAACAUGUGCUUGAGUGCAGAAGGCCUUUAAGUCUCCCCCAUGGGACUACAAAGUAUCUAGAUGUAAGGGUUGGGGGUCACGCUCUGUUCUGCUGUGACCCUGGAUACACAUUACAGGGCUUCCAGAUGGCCACCUGCCUAUUGGAUGGGUCAUGGAGUACACCAACUCCACAGUGUGUGUCUAACCAAGACUGUGGCAUUCCACCAAAGCCAGAUCAUGGUAAUCACUUCCUUGUUUAUGGACCAAAUGAUCUACUUAUUGCUGUUCAGUUUUUGUGCUAUAAGCCAUACAAACUGCAUGGAAGCCCCCAGAGAGCUUGCCUGAGCAACAACACUUGGAGUGGGAUGGCACCUACCUGUGUCAAAGAGUUGGACACUGUUUCUGAACCUGAAAAUAAACAAAACACGAGCAAAGACAAAUCCACAGGACCAGGAGAAAAGGGUCAGGCUUAUGACAAAACCCAGAAAGAAAACGAGCAUGCCAUAGACCAAGAAUUUAAAACGCAAAAACCUACAUCUGGAAAGGAUAAUUUUGGACAAUAUGUAGAUUUGGACAAAGACAUUGACAAAGUCAUUAGAAAGGAAUUAGGAACAGAAAAAAAUAAGGACAAAGAAGAAAAUAAGGAAACUGAUAGCAACAUUAACACAAUUACAAAAGAAGAAAGUGACAAAUUUAAGGAUGAUAGUGUGAAACAACGAGACAAUCUAGAUAAUUCAGAGAAAGUUGACAAAAGUCCAACAAAAGGUUUGGACAUAGACUUUGUAGAUAUUGUGUUAAUUAACAGUAGGAGAGCAAACAAUCAAACAGAAAAUGAUAAGUCCAACAGUCAAAAAAUAACUGAUGGAUCCAAAUACACAAUAUUAAGUUUCACUGAUGAUAAUAAAGAAAACAUAUUUUAUGAAAUAGAUACUAUAAACAAAGCAAAUGUCACUCAAUCUGUCGAUAACAAUGACAUAAUAGAAAAUCUAGAGACAGUUCCCCUGACCGCUGCUACUGGAAGCCCAGAAAUAUCAACAGUGAGCAAAAUAGCAACAACAAUCACGGUAAAACCUACAGAAGAGUUAAAAGAUCACACAAUGAUACAGAGGCCAACAGAAAUCUCAUUGAAAGACACAAAAGAAGAAUCUCAACCAAACAAGACUGAAGGUGAAUUUGCUGGAACAGAGAACCUCAUAAUCAAUGAAAGUGAAGGAAGACAUUGUCCUCCACUGGAAACAUUGUAUCAUGGUUACUAUGAGUUGGUACCUGAACUCCUUACAGAAACAGUUGAGUUUUUUUGUAACCACUCUUAUAUUCUGAGCGGCAGUUCACAGAGGACGUGUCAGCCUAAUGGCACAUGGACUGGAAACCAGCCCAUGUGCAUCAAAGCCUGUCGAGAGCCCAAGGUGUCUGUACUGGUCAAACAGAGAGUUCUGCCUUCACAAAUCCCAUCCAGGAAGACAGCUGUUCAUAAGUUUUACUCAUCUUCUGGGGUCCCCAAUUUCCUAAACGAAGUACGACCAACCCAAACCCCUGUGAUCCUGCCAGCACUCCCAGAUGGGUUUCACAAUCUCUACACACACAUUGAGUAUCAAUGUAUGUCACCAUACUACAAGCUCUCUGGAAGUGCACGCCGAACCUGUCUGAGGACGGGAAAGUGGAGUGGCCGUCACGUGUCCUGUUCACCAGUUUGUGGAAGGCUGAGAAACUUUGCCUCUCAGCACCCAGCAGAGACUAACUGGCCCUGGCUGGCAGCCGUCUACCGUUUGCCUGCUUCAACCAAACUAAAAAAGCACUCAAAUGUGGCAGAGACAAAGGAAAAGACAAUAGGAAUGAUGGAGGAAGAGAUCAAUACAAGUGAUUGGCAGCUUGUCUGCAGUGGAGCCCUGGUGAACCAGCGCAGCGUGGUAGUAGCUGCCCAUUGUGUUACAGAGUUGGGGAAACUAUAUCCAGUUGACACAUCCAAAAUCCGAGUAGUGCUUGGUAAACAGUACCGUAGCGAUCUAAGAAUGACCAAAGGAUUGCAACAGUUACGGGUAUCCUUCAUUACUGUGCAUCCUAACUAUGACCCCCUGGUGCUGGAUUCAGAUGUGGCUGUAUUAAAGCUGUUGGACAAGGCUCGUAUUGGAGACUAUGUGCUACCAAUCUGCCUAGCAGAUGUAACCACAGAAGACAUCAGACUGAGCAUAGUAACGGGUUGGUCCCUCCUACGUGACCAGAAGGAUAGUGAUAUGGAGAAAGCUCGUGCAGGUCAUGUAAUGCUAGGGAAUAUUGUUCCCUGUGAGCAGCAGUAUGCCAAUUAUGGUGUUCCAAUCAGUGUGUCUGAAAACAUGCUAUGUGGAAGACAGAGCACUGAUGCUGAUCAGUCCAACAUUUGCCCUGCAGACACUGGGGGAGUUCUUAUUCUUCCGCCUGGCUCCUCCACAUCCACAUCUCCACAUAGUCAGGCCUCACAGGAGUGGAAACUUUUAGGGUUGGUCAGUUUUGGAUAUGAUUCUUUGAACUGCAACCCAGAGCUUUACACUGUGUACACUCGUAUUACAAAUUUUAUUCAAUUCAUAGAGGAAAAUAUGAAAUAGACUGAUAUUUCCAGAUUAAAACGGCCAUCUCAUUCAUAUCAUCUUUUUUAUUCUGUAUAAUACUACAUUAUGGGAUUAAAGAACAUGAUCGUAUACAAAAAACAGGGUUGUUUCAAACCAAUUGUUGGGUUUGCCCAUAUUGUAUUUUACCCAACCAUGGGUUAAAACAGCCCAGCAUUAUUUAGAGUGUACACUGGACAAUUCAGUGAUCUUUUUGACAUGGACUUACUUCAAAUCUUUCAUUAACCAUUAAAAAGGAGACAGUCGGAAAACAACAUACAUUUCUGACACAUUAUGACACUGACUGGCUCUCAGGUAAUGAAUAGUUAUUGGGUAUAAUGUAUGACUUCCAGCUUGUCAUGGUUGGUUUGCCUUAUACUCUUUGAAUUGCAAAUAAAUAUAUUGUAUUUACCAUUGUUAAACAUGCCCAAAAGAUGGAUAUAUUUCAUAAAAUUGUUAUCAUAAUAACCUAGCUAACAUCUGUAUGGUUUGUUGAUAUUUUUUAUAAUAGAACUACUUGAAAGAGAUAUUAAUCUACAUUAGAAAAAAUAUUUUAGAUUUUAGAUUUUGUUUUACCCCCUUACCCAUCAACAUUAAUAACACAUACAUGUGUAUCAAUACUGAAGUGGUUUGUGGAGCCUUCUACAUCUCCUUUUAAAUGUCUAGGGAUUUCUAGGAAUAUUUUUUUAUAAAUAAAUAAAUGCAUAAUGAUGUCCUCAGACCCUGGGCUCUGUUUUCGGAUGUGAAUUUCUAUGUUUGUUUCAAUAAAACAGGUAAUUUGUUCUUUUUUAA